AUGGACGGCAUUGCUCCUGCCUCCGCCCCCGCCCCCGCCCCCGCUCCGGCUGGCCCCCCGUGGCAGCACGUCGGCAGGAGCCUCUCCGGCGCCGGCGCGACGGGCCUGACGGCCGCCGGCACGGUGCUCCUCUUCCUCUACCUCGCGGGGCGCUUCGUCUGGGUGUACAACAAGGAGGUGGCCGCCGCGAACGCGCCCAGCGCACGGGUCGACGCGGCCACCCCGGUCCGCGUCGUCGUCGUGGUCCCGCGGCCCCUCCGCGGCGCUGCGCCGCCGGUGUCGCAGCUCCCGGCGUUCGUGCGCGGCGAGGAGGGCCACCGGGGCGCGCCGGAGGAGUGCGCGGUGUGCCUCUCGGAGUUCGGGGAGCGGGAGGCCGGGCGGCGGCUGCCGGGGUGCGGCCACGGGUUCCACGAGGCGUGCAUCGCGGCGUGGCUCCGGCUCAGCUCGACGUGUCCCCUCUGCCGCGCCGCCGUGGCCUCGCCCGGAUUACCUAGCUUUAAAAGCGUUGGACAUAGAUCCUCUGAAUGGAGACUAUUGCUACAAGUCAUACCUGGAUGCAGACUUGUGAGAGCAAGAUCUGCUGUAGACAAAGUUCAUGUUGAUGUGAUAAACCUGAACUUGAAAGUUGUUGGUGACUUGAAAGAAUUUAGCCAGAUCGGGCUCGGCUAA